AUGGACCUUGCCAACUUAUUUAACGACGAGGGCGCGGGGUCGGAGCGGACAAACUCUAUAACGAGCAGUGAUUUGGAUCCGUUCCUGUUGCAAGGAGACGACCAAACAUGGGCUGUGGAAGAUUGGAAUUGGGAUCCUUUCAACAUGUUCGCCGCGCCUAAGGAGACGCCGAACGUUGCUUGCUGCCAGGCCCUGAAGCGGCGCAAGGUAGACAACACGGCCGCGGCCCAAGGACAGCCCCAACAACAGGCACAGCAAGGCGCAUGUUGCCAAGGGCCGAGUGGUAGCAUUCGUGCUGGUGGCCAGCCCCCUGCUGCGGCAGCAGCUUGCUGCAGUUUCACGCCCAACCAGACUCAGGCAAUGCAGCAGCUGACGGGGCCACUUCAAGCCGCUAUGAACAGCCUUGCUCCACAGAAAGCAGUUGUUGAGACUUGCGCAGUGAGCAGCAUGUGCCAUGGCCCGGGUGCCAUGGUCCCGCCUGCGGCUGUUCCCGCAGCCGCAUCAGUAGCAGCUACCGGCCCACAAAUGCUUAAUGUUAAUAUGGGCAUGGCACUGCCGGCUGGCAUGGGUUGGGCUGGGCUGGGCGAUAUGAGCUCUCCAGCUGCAUCAGCUGCUGCAGCGGCUAUGGCGGCAGCCGUGGACAUGCCCGGCUUCUUCACAAGCAUGACAGGCGGCACUGGUCGUCCUCUGGCCGGCAUGGGCUGGGGUAUACAGCCGAUGGCCCUGCAGAUGCCCAGUAUGCCCAUGCAGCCUUUCCCAGGUUCACACGCUCAGUGUGCUCCGGCGCUGUCCAUGCCGGCAUCUGGCUUUCCAACGCCCUCGGGUGUAUUCCAGCAGCAGGCCAGCAUGGCGCUGCCGCCUUCGUCCGUGCCAUCGCCCGCGCUGGGCUCCUCGGGGGAGACCAGCUCGCUGCAGGGUAGCGCUGACAAUGCCAAGGCGCUGUGCUGCAGCGGCAACCGCGGCGGCGGCGGCCCUACCUGCAGCGGCGGCAGGCAGCAGGCGGACAGCUCAAAUAAGGCUAGCAUGCCGCUACCCAAUAAGGCCCAUCAGACGGGUGCAACUGGCGGCCGUGGCGCCGAUGGCGCUAUGGUGGGCGGCGACCUUUCGGACUUCGCCAUCAGUGACAGUGAGGAUGAGGAUGAGGUUGGUCGUCGCGGCCCUUUGGGCAAUAACCGCGGCAAUGGCGCGCACCAUCAGCAACACCAGUACCUGGGUGAUGUGAUUGCCCUGCAUGAUGUGGGCGAUGACAACGGCCUCAUGGUUUGUCAGGUGCCCGGCUGCGGCAAGGACUUGUCUGGUUUGAAGGAGUAUCACCAGCGGUACCGUAUCUGCGAUGUGCACAUUAAACUGCAGCAGGUAAUGAAGGACGGUCGCUUGCAGCGCUUCUGCCAGCAGUGCGGUCGCUUCCACGAGUUGACCGCCUUUGAUGGCAACCGCAAGAGCUGCCGUGACCAGCUUUCCAAGCACAACGCCCGGCGGCGCCGCCGCGCUCAGGCUGAACAGGCCAAGGGCAAGUCCGCGGCCGUGGACCCAUUCGCCGUUGGCGCCGUCGGAUGCGGCGCUGCAGCUGCCGCCAACGGCGGCGCUACUGCCUCCUUUGACGGCGAUGUCGGCAAGCUACUGACGUGUCUCAUGCAGAACCCUUCGCAGCUCCACGCGCUGCGUCUGCUGCUGGGAGUACCAACGCACCCUGCCUUGCCCGCAUCACACCCUGCGCCGGGGUUGGGCUUGGGGGUGGGCCUGGGUUCCGGCAGCCCCGCUGAUUCGUCAAGCGAUGGCUCGGACCAGGCCCGUACCUAUGCCCUGGCCCGGGACAUUAUGGGUGCCCGCAAUGAGUUCGCUCCGGCCUUCGAGAGCGAGCACAGGCUGAUCCGCCUGUCCAUGAAGCUGUUCAACCGCACGCCAGCCGACCUGCCCUCAGAUCUCCGAAACCAGGUCAACAGCUGGCUGGCGUCGGCGCCAGCAGGCAUGGAGGCCUCCAUUCGGCCGGGCUGCGUGUUUCUGACGGUGCAGAUGCUGGUUGACGAAGCGGGCGAGGCGCAGGCGAUGGCACCGGGAGCACUUGGCAGUUUGGCACAGCAUCUGCUGACGCGUACGGGCUGCCCGUUCUGGCACACUGGCAUGUACACGCUGCAGCUGCACGAAGACAUUAUGCUGGUUCGCGACGGGCGUGUGUCGUGUGACGCAGCGAGUGCCAACGGUGAUGGGCGGUUCCCCGUCAUUCGACGCCUUGGGCCGCUGGCGGCUGUGGCAGGCCAGCCCGUAACGCUCAAACUGCACGGACAGCACCUGGACGCGCCAAAUUGCUUGGUCAUUGUGCGCUGGGGCGCUCAGCACCUGAAGGCGCACAUGCAGCCGCUAUCGGCGCACCGAGCCAUCGUGCGUCUGCCGCCUUUGCCGGAGCUGUGUGGCCCUGUGUGGGUUGAACUGAUGCGUGGCGCCUACCUCAGCCCCGCCAAGCAGAUGCUGGUGGCGCGGAAUGAGGCGCUGGUGGAGGAAAUUAACAAGCUGGAUGUCCGCUACGGCCCGCUGAGCCAGGAAACUGUCGAGCUGAUGCUGCAGGACAUGGCCAUCGUGUUGCAGCACAUUGCUGGGGAGCAGGGCGCGGGUGCUCAGCUGCCGCAUGCUGCCAUCGCGCUGAAGGCACGUCGCCUACUAGCUAUCGCCUGCGACAUGGGCUGGGCCGCCGUCGCCUCUGCUGUGCUGCCCCUAGCCUGCGCCCGCUGUUCGUGCGCCUCUGAAAUGGUGGCAGCAAUCCACGCCGCCUCCGUGCCGUCAUCGGCCUCGAGUGCCAGCUCGUCUUCGGGCGAUAAGCGAGGUCUAACGCUGUUACACCGGGCCGUGCGCAGCGGAAGCAUUCCCUUGCUGGCUGGCAUGCUGGCCUGGGGUGACAGCCAUGGCUACCGAUGGCGUGUGGAUGCGGCGGGGCCUGCGGGCAUCACGCCGCUUCACCUGUCGGCGAUGCUGGACGACGCGCGCGUGGGGCUACUGCUUCUGGAUCACUGCGGUUGGCCAGCGGCGUUUACGCACCUUAAGUCGGACAACGGCGUCACACCCUUCCACCUGGCGUUCCAAAUGGGCCACUACCAGGUUGAUAGCCUUAUGGCGAUCUUGGGCGGCCUGCAUCAGAUCGACCAGCAUGCAGGUGCCAACAAUGCCGUGGGAGCCGGUGCGCAACCGGCUGGCCGCCGCAGCCGCUGCGGGGCCAACGCAGCCGCCAUGGUGAUGGGCUGCAAGGCCGAGGAGAAUGAGGAUGUUAAACCAGCUCUUCGAGGCCAUGGCCACAAUAACACUGCUACUGCAGCCAAAAACGGCUGCUGUGCGGAGCUAGACCCGUGUGAAAUGUGCCAUUGCACAUUGCCGCCCCUGCUACUCUCUAUCAUGGCGUCAUGCAACGAGUGUGGCCGCCGGCGAAUGUGCAUGGAGGCGGAGUGCACGGGUGCAGCGGACAGGUGUGGCGGGUGCUGCUGCGGCACAGCGCGCCCAACGCUGCGCUCGGACUCGGGUGAAGUGUGCAGCUCGCGGCAGCACAGUACUGUCUUCUCCAUCACUGCGUUAUGCCAAGGCUGCCAUGGCAACCGCAUCCUGGCGGUGGCGUGA